AUGAUGCACCAGCUUAUCAGCAUCGAGUCCUCGUCGGCUCCAGCUCUGGAAACGACGUCGACGUCGACAGAUACCCGUCAAUUCGAUGUCCCUACACGGCCGGCUAAGGCCAUCUCCCGCAUAUACGCAGCCGUGCCGCUGAAGGAGUCCAGCGCCAGAGAGUAUGAGCAGCGCAGCAAUCGGGAGGCCUUUGAUGCCAGCGACCUCGAGCGCAGUCGUCCGGUGACGCCUACCGGACUGGGAGAUAUCGAAGAUGACGAUCCCGGCAGCCCAGGCAGCCCCGGCCGUAACGGCAACGGCUUGAGCGGCGACGAGGCCGAUGGAGUGGAGGCCCUGCAGAGCAUCUGGGAUCCGUACAUGAAUCGCUUCCGUCUGGCGACCAUCUCGCUCAUCAACUUUGCCAACGGGCUGAACGACAGUGCCGCCGGUGCUGUUCUCCCCUACAUUGAGAGGCACUUUGGCAUUGGCUAUGCGAUUGUGUCGCUCAUUUUCGUUGGCCUCGCCCUUGGCUCUAUCAUGGCUGCGCCCGUUGUGGAUUUAAUCCGUCGUCGCCUCGGACGUGGCCGCACGCUUGUCUUCUCGCAGCUGCUCAUGGCUGCCGGCUGCAUCCCCAUCCUCACGACGAAGGCGCCGUUCCCGGCCAUCGUCAUCGGCUACUUCGCUGUCGGUUUUGGCGAGGCCCUCAACCUGGCCAUGGGCAACACCUUCUGCGCGAACCUGCGCCAGACCACCGUCGCCCUUGGCCUGAUGCACGGUUCAUACGGCAUCGGCGGCAUUUCUGGCCCUCUUAUUGCCACUGCCCUGGCCGUGGCCUCCGGAGCGGCCGCCAAUCCGGACAACAAGACUGCAGCCGCCUACUCGUAUUACUACUUUGUGCCGUGUGGCAUCAUGUUAUUUACAGCCGUUGCCGCUGGCUGGAGCUUCGCGGGCUACGAGAAGGACGACAAUAAUCAAGUUGGUGCGGCCUUGGAACUGUCCAACGCUGGUGUGCUGACGGAGUCUCCGUCUUUGUCUCAGCAGCGGCAGCAACGGACUCUCGGCCGGAACUGGCGCGGACAUUCACGCGCUGCCUCGCAGGCAGCCUCACGAGCCCCGUCGCCUGAGUCACUGUCCCUCGUACCGACAUCCUCGCGGCCUGCGCCGACACCGCUGCAGGCGUCCACGGUCAACCCGACGCCGGCCAUGUCAUACUCAUCCACCACACGGUUCAUGACAGAACCUGUCGGCCGCGCGUGCACCCCGAUUCCCGCUGCAGCCGCCAUCUCUGCUGCUGCUAAUUCUGCCAAUGGAUCGACGCGCGCUCGGCAACGGCCACAGCGUCCACAUAUGUCUCCCUUCUUGGCAGUGUUCUCGGCGCGCAUGUCCCGAGUUGUCCUUCUGGGCGCGUUGUUCAUCAUGUGCUACCAGGGCGCCGAAGUGUCGAUUGCCGGCUGGGUGACAUCGUUCCUAAUUGCCGAUCGUGGUGGUCACGAGCCCAACGUCGGCUAUGUCACGUCUGGUUUCUGGGGUGGCAUCACGCUCGGUCGGUUCCUGUUGGCCGGGCCUGCCCACCUGAUUGGCGAGCGUCGUGCUGUGUAUCUUUGUGUUGUCGGCUCGGCUAUAUUCGAGCUUCUGGUGUGGUUCGUUCCCAACGUCAUCGGGGAUGCCGUUGCCGUUGCCAUUGUCGGCCUGCUGUUGGGACCCGUCUACCCGUGUGCGGCCGCGGUUCUGAUGCGCAGCAUGAACCACCGCGAGCGCGUGACUGGCAUCGGCAUCACAGCUGCGUUUGGUAGUGCUGGCGGUGCUGCGGCGCCCUUCAUCACAGGCGUGCUGGCCCAAGCGGUUGGCACGUUCGUGCUGCAUCCCAUAGCCCUGGCGUUGUUCGCCUUUAUGAUUGUGUUUUGGUACAAUGUGCCGGUAUUGCGGAAGCCGACUGAGUUAAAACUAUAG